AUGCUUCGCCAAUCUGCUAGAUCUGUCAUGUCCGUCGCUGGUAGACGUUUCAAUUCUACUGCAGCUGCUGCUCCCGCUCCUGCCCCUGUUUCUGUCAAUAUUAAGAAGACUAAGAAGGUUGGCGCUUUCCGUGGCGGUUUUGUCGGAUUCCUUGUUGGCACUGUUUUGACUGGCGCUGCUACAUACACUUACCUUUUGGAUGAAUACCGUGCCGCCAAUAAUGCUGUUGUCGGUGAGGUCGUUUCUCUCAACCAGUCUGUCAGCCGGUUAGAGGCCCACGUCAAGCAGCUUGAGAGUCAGAUCAAGAAAUAA